AUGUCAGACGAGUCAAACGGUCCUACCCACGAACAUGAGGGAUUCUUUGAGAGAAUGCUACACCCUCACAAGAAGGAUGAGAAUGAAGAAAAGGAACCUGAACAUGAAUAUGAGCACGAUGCCAAAGAUCUGAAUUCCUCGAAGAAGAAGGAAAGUGAGAUGGAUAAGUUCAAAGACUACAUCCAUGAAGAUGAGGAGAUAGAACAGGAAGGAGGCACUUAUGGUAAUUUGAUGUGA